CCCUCCCUCGUCGCCGCCGCCGCCAUGUCGCCGGUGCGGGCGGUGCUGGCGCUGCUGGCCGCGCUCUCGGCCCCGGCGGCCGGCUACUUCGUCAGCAUCGACGCGCACGCGGAGGAGUGUUUCCUCGAGCGGGUCCCGUCCGGCACCAAGAUGGGGCUGAUCUUCGAGGUGGCCGAGGGCGGCUUCCUCGACAUCGACGUGGAGAUAACGGGGCCUGAUAACAAGGGCAUCUACAAAGGAGACAGAGAGUCCAGUGGCAAAUACACCUUUGCUGCUCACAUGGACGGAACGUACAAGUUUUGCUUCAGCAACAGAAUGUCCACCAUGACGCCAAAGAUAGUGAUGUUCACUAUUGACAUUGGUGAAGCUCCAAAGGGGCAAGAUAUGGAGACAGAAGGUGGCGGAGAUACCUGGGAUGCUCAUCAGAACAAGCUAGAAGAGAUGAUUAAUGAAUUAGCAGUGGCCAUGACAGCUGUGAAGCAUGAACAGGAGUACAUGGAAGUCCGUGAAAGGAUACACCGAGCAAUUAACGACAACACAAAUAGCAGAGUGGUCCUCUGGUCAUUCUUUGAAGCCCUCGUACUAGUUGCCAUGACACUGGGACAGAUCUACUAUCUGAAGAGGUUUUUUGAAGUCCGGAGAGUCGUUUAAUCAAACUCCACCCGCACACCCCCCCUUUUCCAAUGAUCCCAGAGUCUCCAUUCACUGCUUCUAUCAAACAACUUGGUUGCAAAAAUCACUUAGUUUUCUUUAUCCCUCCAUUCUGAGCUAUACAUUUUUUCUUAGCUUAAUUUUUAGAGAGAGAGAGAGAGAGAGAGUUUCUGUAUUGAAAUAUGUGGCUGAGAGUUAUUCACUGAAAUUGGCAGACUCACAAACCAAAGUGAUUUCAUCUAAAAUUGCAAAAGUGGGUUUUAAAUGCUGUCAGUCAUCUUAAACUUUCUUGAUUCUUUUCUCUCCCCCCUCCUUUCCGUUUUGUUGUUGUUGGCGUAAUGAAAGGCUGUUUUGUGUAGGCGAAAGGGUACAAGAUCCUAAAAGAAGCUUUUAUGUAACACCCUUUAAACCUGUGGGAAUACUCUAACUAUUGAGGAAUUUCUUCUCUACUUUAGAUAGGGAGCAACUAUGACAUGCACCUGCCAUGAUUCUAAGCAAAUCUGCCACUAUGUCCACAAAGAAACAGGCAUGUUCUUGUUCAGGCACACUGAAACCAGCUGUCAGUCCUGUUAGGGUUAGGGUUAGGUGGCUUAUUUAAGAAUUCCAAUACUUCCACUGUAAUUUCACUGGUUUCCCCCCUCCAUUUUUUUUGUUUUAAUUAGAGCUGAAACUACAACAAUACUUCUCUUGUCAGUUAGCCAUGUGGUCUUAGCUGUCAAACCGGUGAACCAGGCAGAAGCUGUCUAUGGAAACUACUUGGCUGAAUAUAAUCUCUGCCCCGUUUUGCUUACAGCCACAGAGCUCCCUGGGUGUUUAGCAUUAUUGUAGAACUAGUGUUCAGGAUGCUGGUUCUUGAUGCCAAAGGGUUAACGAUUUGGAGGGUGGGGAGGGAAGUUAUGACCAAGCUAUGCAGUUCACAUAUAUAUUAAAAGAGCAGCAGAUAGGCUGUUAUGGGGUCACAGCAACACAGGGAUUGUACACACCUGUUUUGUGAGGGAGACCCCUGUGCCUUGUACAUGGCGGAGAAAAAUGAAACGGGUGCUGUUUUUUCCUUGCUGGUGAAUCUUCCCAAGGGGCUCUUGUGCAUUUAAUAGCAUUGCAGGAAAAACCUCCAGAGCUGUAGCUGUCCCUGUAACUCCGUACUAUAUCUGUUGAGUUUCUUGUUGGACUGUUGUUAAAAACAGGAACCUUUUUCAAGAAAGGACUUGGCGCUCCCAAUUAGGCUGACUUGGCACUCCCAAUUAGGCUAUCUUGAGGUAUAUUUUCUCCUUUUCUCUCUCCAAACACAUGCUGUCUUCAGCUUUUGUACAAACUAUUUUUCUUCUUGCUAUCUGGAUGAUGGGUUUAAAAAUCGCCGCAUCUGUCUACGGGAGCGGGGUGCUGAUCCAAGAUUAUGUUGUGGCUAAUGUAUAUUGGACUGAUGUAUAUUGGUUGUAAUUUUGGGGGCGGGUGGGAAUGGGUUAUUUUCAAAGGGGGGGGGCAUUCUAUCGGUAACACAUAAAGAGUUUUGUACCAAAUUUAAUUUAAUUAAAAUUUGUUACAAGUUUUCAUGGUCCAAGUAAUCCUUUUCAGCCUCAGGUGGACCAGAACACCCGUUAUUCAAAUGGUAUGGGCGUCCGUCUCCAUCUCAGUGCAGCUGCCGUACGCCAACUCCGUGUGUGAGACAAGUGGAAUUUGAUUUAGAAGAUGUACCUUAAAGAGUGCUUGAAAUAUGGCCAGAUUUGAUAAAUAAACACCUUCUUUAAAAAAGA